AACCUACAAAAGUACAAGAAAACUAUUUUAAUUUGAAUGUUCUACCCGCGUAGACCGGUAUUGUGUCGCGAUGUCUUUGUAAAUAAUUACUGAAGUAGUUAUAAGACCAAUAAAAACGAUUUAAUACUAGUGUGGAGAAUAUUUCUGUGAUAAAAUACCGUACUUUUCAAGUUAGUGGUCGGUAUACUUUUGGCUGUCUGUUUUCUAAUUGGUAACAAUGUCGCGCGACAGGACAUCACGGCGGUUUUACAGGGCGGAGUCGACCCACGACCUAACCUCCUAUCUGGACCGGGGGCAGGCAGCCAUCGACGAGAACCGGUGGACCUUCGAGACCGCGUGGGAAGCUGCUAAUAAAGUGGGCGGUAUUUAUACUGUGAUCAGGUCUAAGGCCUAUGUCUCCACGGAGGAGAUGGGUGAAAACUACUGCUUGCUGGGUCCUUACAAAGAGCAGUGCGCCCGCACAGAGGUGGAGGAGGCGGAUUUCCCCCCGAAUUCCCCCCUCACCGCCGCCGUCAACGCCCUGAGAAGCCACGGCUUUAAGGUACAUACGGGCACGUGGCUGGUGGACGGCAACCCGCAGAUCAUCCUGUUCGACAUCGGCUCGGCGGCGUGGCAGCUGGACGCGUACAAGCAGGAGCUGUGGGACACGUGCUCAGUGGGCAUACCGCACCUGGACGUGGAGGCCAAUGACUCCGUCAUACUCGGCUUUAUGGUCGCGCAGUUCAUCGCAGAGUUCCGUAAGGCGGCGGAGGGUUACAGCGACACGCCGCCGCGCGUGGUCGCCCACUUCCACGAGUGGCAGGCCGGCGUCGGACUCAUCAUGCUCAGGGUCCGCCAUAUAGAUGUCGCUACUGUGUUUACGACGCACGCGACGCUCCUCGGCCGAUAUCUGUGUGCGGGCAACACUGAUUUCUAUAACAACUUAGAUAAGUUUUCAGUGGACGAGGAGGCGGGAAAGAGACAGAUAUAUCACCGGUAUUGCAUGGAGCGUGCCGCCGCGCACAUGGCGCAUAUAUUCACGACUGUAUCUGACAUCACGGGAUACGAAGCUGAACACCUCUUGAAACGGAAGCCGGACAUCAUCACGCCCAAUGGUCUGAACGUGAAGAAGUUUUCAGCACUGCACGAGUUCCAAAACUUGCACGCGCUGGCCAAGGAGAAGAUCAAUGAGUUCGCCAGAGGCCACUUCUACGGACAUUUCAACUUUGAUUUAGAUAAAACACUGUAUUUCUUUAUCGCUGGUCGAUACGAGUACGGGAACAAAGGAGCGGAUAUCUUCAUUGAAGCUCUGGCCAGGCUCAAUCAUUAUUUGAAGUCGUCCGAGUCCGAGAUGACGGUGGUGGCGUUCCUGAUCUUCCCGGCGAGGACCAACAACUUCAACGUGGAGAGUCUUCGGGGCCACGCCGUCACCAAGGCCCUGCGGGACACCUUACAAGAUAUACAGCAGAAGGUCGGCAAGAGGAUGUAUGAUAUUUGUUUAAGGGGACACUUGCCCGAAGCGUCAGAUCUCCUUCACAAAGACGACACAGUGCGGCUGAAGCGCUGCAUAUACGCGCUGCAACGCGAUGGAUUACCACCGGUUACCACACACAAUGUUGUGGAUGAUUGGAACGACCCAGUCCUGAACGCGGUCAGAAGGUGUCAACUGUUCAAUACGGUUAACGACAAAGUCAAGGUGAUCUUCCACCCGGAGUUCCUGACGUCGACCAACCCGCUGUUCGGGCUGGACUACGAGGAGUUCGUGCGCGGCUGCCACCUGGGCGUGUUCCCCUCGUACUACGAGCCGUGGGGCUACACGCCCGCCGAGUGCACCGUCAUGGGCAUACCCAGCAUCACCACCAACCUCUCCGGGUUCGGCUGCUUCAUGCAGGACCACAUAGCGGACCCGAUGUCGUACGGCAUAUAUGUGGUGGACCGGCGGUACAUAUCGCUGGAGGGCUCCGUGCAGCAACUUGCUCAGUAUAUGUACGACUUUACCAAACUAAGUCGUCGGCAGCGCAUCAUACAGAGAAAUAGGACUGAGAGACUGUCUGAUUUGAUGGACUGGCGGAAUCUAGGCAUUUAUUAUCGGCAAGCUAGAGCCCAAGCGUUGAAAAUAGUGUAUCCGGAUUAUGUGGACCAUAUGGACUUGGAGUUGGGCAAACGAUUCAACUACCCGCGUCCCAUCUCCGAACCACCCAGUCCUACGCAUUCCAUACGUCGCCACGACAUAUCAAAUCGUCUAACCACAUCCUAUCAGAAAGAGAUAGAAUCGAAAGAGACAAAAGAUGAACAAGUCCAAACAUCUGAACACAGAAUUGAUGUUCAAAGAAAGAAUCUUCUCAACGUCCAGAAAUCGCUAGAGAUAUUAGACAUAUCUGUCGAUGACACCGACGGUAUAGAUGUCUCUUUCGAGAAGCCGAACUAUUCCGAAUCGGAGCACGAGAAUUACCGAACGCCGAAUGAGACGUUCCUGGAACCGUUGAACGAGGCAAUGGUGGAACAGAUAGAUCAGCUGAUCGCAAAACUGAAUGACUGUACGGAACGAAAUGGCGGGAACAAUGGCGGCAAUUAGGAGGCACAACCCCAGUAACUUCUAUCCACGGUUCGGAUGAUGAAGACGAAGUGGAUGAGGAGAAGGAAUUAGCUGAACUUAGGAUUAGCGAUAAAUAAUAGUAAUUCAUAGGUAAUAGUAAUAAAUUAAACCUUUUUAGUUCCAUUAUAAUGAAAUGGUCCUUAUGAUCAACGUUAUACGGUCGGUAUUAAGAUUCCAUUAUUGGAAACUGGUUUCUCGUAUCUUAGUGUAUUAUUGUGGUUCCUAGGCAGCUUAGUGUUGGGAUUUUGUAAUGGGAUAGGUGGGAUGAAGUCAAGUCAGUCGACUUACUGUAAUGAAUUUAACAAAAAAUAACUAAGAUAGUUUCCAGGAGGAACCGCGUGGAGGUCGACCUGACAGUGUAUAUUGCUGGUAAUUCCAUUCGUCGUAUUCUAUUAUUAAAUAUUUGAAUUUAUUUUGAUUUCUUUUGCAUUUAUAUACUGAUCUUCAUACCUCUUGUCGCUUUAUACGAUAACCUUUUAAUGGAAAAAGAAUGGAAAAUGAACAUUGUUAUUCAUCAUUACCAUCAUGUCACUUAUUAAUUGCCCACUGCUGGACAUAGACAUCUGUCAUAAAGGCAGUUUUGUCAGUAGUUGCCACGUUUGGCAAGUGGGUUAGCAAACGCUUAGUAAGGCUUUGGUGAUGUUUUAAAAGAGACGAUGUUGCUUGUCUCUAGACCAUUGUUCCCUUAGUCGUCUUAACAACACCCACGCGAAAGAAGGGGUGGCCCAUUCUAUGCCGGGACCACACGAGUGUUUAGCGUACAGAAAUGUCCAUUGUGACGUCUCUCGUACGUACUUCGAGCCGGUUUUAUAUUGUUUAAGAAUAUGUUUUGAUAAAAAUUAAUAUAAUAUAUGAUAUAUACUAUUUUUAACAAUUAUUGAAAGAUUUUAUAUUUUAAUUAUAUUUCUAUUUUCUAUAUUGGUUUAGAGUUUAAAUUUUAUUACAGGACCAGGCUGUAUGGGUUUAUUCCUUUGCCUGCUAAUUGUACGUCCAUUAUUAAUAAUUUUACUAUACAGAGUAUUAUGCAUGUUUCAGAGAGUUUUGUUUUAUACUGUGGACAUUUUUUACUUUUUAUGAGUGUUCGUAACGAAGUAUGGCAAUGAAGCGAUUAUUUGUCAAUUUAAAAAAAUAAUUUGAGUAUUUUUUAAAGUUUCUGUUUGAUUUUUCUAAAAAUGCAAUAUAAUAUUGUAAUAAUAUUCUUAUUAUGCUGGCACUAAAAAUAGGGUUCUCAUACAAAAGAAUGUCUGAAGAAAUCAGAAGUAAUGUAUGAAGUACGUGCAUAGUUUUUAAUGAUAGAUUUAUAUGCAAUGUACUUGUAUUUUAUGAUUAACGUUUUAGUCAGUUGGCAGAGUAUUUUUUUUAAUAAUCAAUUAGAAACAUUUAAAAUUGUUCAAUUGUUUUUGAAAGUGACCAUAAUUACGACAUUGUCACACUUCGGCGAGCAAAAGUAAUGAACGCUUUUAAUAUUCGGAAAGCAAACAAUUGUUUUUUUUUUUUAAUAUAAUAUGUAUAAUGUUUAUGAAAUUUUUGAAAAUGGAACUCAUUUCUUCUUUGUCUACAGUAAUGAACGUUUCAAACAAGAUGCCCAUAGAGGUUGUAAUAUGUUUUUUUUUUUUAAAUCACAUAAUGAACUCGUGCCACCAUAUAUAGUUAUUGUUUUGUAUCACUAGCGCAUUAUAUAUCGUCACAUUAUGUUCGUAAGUAAUGAUGACGGUUUAUAAAAAAUUAAGGCGUAGAUAUUUUAUUUAUUUUAAAUUUAUUUUACUAUUUAUGUUAUUAAUAUAAUAAAAUUGUACCUAGACCAUGUUUGUACAUUGAAAAUUUUUAAGUCAAACAUAAUAAUUUUAAAAAGUUUACUCUGUUAUUUGUUUGUAGCUUUUUUCGGUAUCACACUAAUUUUUUUGCAUUAAAUUGGAUACGGUUUUCAAAGUUGCCUUCUUGAAUGUUUAGCUUUAAAUCUGACAUAUUUUAUCUUAAUAUGCUAUCUAGAAAGAUGAUGAGAUGCCAGGUUUCAAAAAAAAGUUAUAACCUAGUGCUGCCAACUUGCCUUAUGCCAUUGUUGCAUCGCCAAGUGGCAAUUUUGAAUAAGAAUGUAAUUAAUUAAUUAAUUAAUUAUUAUUAGAAGGGAAUGUUUUAAAAUAAAUGUUAUGAAUGAAAAUUGAUAAAAUUUAUAAGAUUUAAACAUACAGACACGUCAUUAGAUUAUUAAAUAAAAUUGUAACUCAGUCGGUAAAAGUAUGGAAGCAUGAUAUUAAAUUUAAUGAAAAUUUAAACGCAAUAAUAAUAUAUUAGAUAAAUUCCAAGAUAAAAUUUUAUUUAAGUCUUUUUAACAAAUCACUAUAUUUUAGUUUUAAAAAUCUAUCCUGUUAUAUCGUUCCUAUAAAAUAAAUUUAAUGGCGUAGGUUGUAGUCAUGUAUUUUUGUAUAUCUAUUUACUUUUAAGUUGUUAGCAUUUUUUUUUUUAUUUAUUAAUAUGAAAUUAAGUUACACAGGAAUAUUAAAUUUGUAAUUUAAGUUUUUUUUAAUAGUUGAUAAAGAAUGGCAACACUGCCUACACUAUUAGUAUACAUUGUCGGGGCACCAGGGAGGAAGAAUAGAGGAUUUUUUUUUGUACAACUUAGAAUGGCAAAUAAGCUGACGGCCCACCUGAUGGAAAGUGGUAACCGUCGCCUAUAGGUGAGGAUGAUAUCAGGUCGGUUGGCCUAUCACGAUGAAUUCCACAAGAUGAACAGAAUCAUGGUGGUUUUCAGGGAGUCCGUGUAGAGGUCGACCUGACAGGGUAGAUUGCUAGUAGAGACGCAAGUCUCAGUUACUAAUAACAAUCCCUUUUCUACUUAUUUAAGUGUGUACGAUUGUCUGUUCGUUUGUUACGUCUUCACUAAAGCGACUAUUUGAAUUUGCCUAAAUACGUCUAUGUCCAUGUCAGAUAUGAAAUGAUGCCUUCCAUUAAAUUUAUUUGUAAAUAAAACCCUUUGUUCUUGAGGAUGUCAAAUAUGUAAGCGUAUUCUAGAUGUUACAAAAGUGUUUUUCUUUUGAAGUAACUUCUUGGUUUGUAACAAAGUAAAAAAAAAAAAAAAGAA